AGAAUACAAAAGAGCACCCCGCAAAAUGAAGGAUCAACGUCAGUUGAAGAAAAGAAUAGUACAAGCUUGAAGUUUGGCUUUUCAAUCUCCAAUUACAUGAAGGAUGAGAUUCCUUUAAGAAUAAAAACAAAGACAAAGUAAAGGCUUGACAGGAAGUGAGUGGGAUCCACACUCAAAGCCAUUUCCACACCAUCAACAAAACUUGGUUUGGCGGCAUCAUCCCAAGACUUGCAAGUCAAAGAGCAGUGGCACUCACUUGAUUGGGUGACUUGUUUUAUAUAUACAAACUUCACUUGCUAUGCUUCUUCUGCUUUGUUCUCCCAAGGCAAAAGCAUCUGAUAAUCUUGCUUCCAAAUUUCCAAAACAUUUGAAGGAGGGAUGGGAAACAUCAGCAGCACCACCACCACAUCAACAACCGCACAAUCGGUGCCGGACAUGGUGCCUGCGAUCAGAUUCCAUCCAACUGAAGAGGAAAUGGCAGACUUCUUGUGGAAGAAAAUGAAAAGUCACAACUCCCAAGCCUGCCAUUCCCUCCCUGUCAUCGAUGUCUGCAAGUUCGAGCCUUGGGAUUUGCCUGAGCGCAUGUUCCCUGACACUCCAUAUCAAGCUAAGGCAUGGUACUCAUUCAGCCAGCCUGAUUACAAAUACAUCAAUAGUCCUCGCUGCAACAGGAUCACUGAGAAAGGCUUCUGGAAAAUCACAGGCAAGCCACGAGAUAUCAGCUCCACACAUGUCACUUGCAAAAAUAGAACCUUGACCUUCUACAAAGGUCGUGUGUCUAAAUCCGAGAGGACUGGCUGGGUGAUGCACGAGUACUAUUUCACUAAACCUAAACAUGGUUCUAAUACCAGUCAGGAGAGGGAUCCGCUGAGGGACUUUGUUCUUUACCGCUUAAAGAAGAAACCAAAUUCUAUGUCUGAUAACAAGAAGCUUCAGGAUACUUUGAUCAGUGAUGAUUUAACUGAUCCGGGUAAUGGUAGUUGCAUUGCAUCUAGUUCCGGAAAUGAUCAAGCAGCUACUGCUGCUGCAAUGAAUCAUGAUAUGAUUCCAGCUGCAGAAGAACUUCUUGCAUACAAAGAGCUAGAAGAUGAUCUGUUUGACAGUGGAAAUCAUGAUCGUGGUGAACCUGGUGGCGGCAUCUCAUCUGAUUCUACUGAUCAAGUUAUACGUGACAUGAUUCAACAGUGGAAGUCGUGUGCUCCGGUAGGUGAAUAUCUGAAUUCACUCUUGACUCUUCCUGAGCCACCUCAGCCACCUCAGCCACCUCAGCUUGGAAAUUCUCCUGAUGUCUGCAGUGAUGAAUUAGUUGAUCCUAGUACUGGUGGCUGCAUCACCGGUAAUACUGAUAACCAAGAUGCUGCAAUGAAUCAUAUGAUUUCCGCUGAAGAAGAAAUUCUGGCAUACAAACAGCUAGAACGUGCUCUGCUUGGCAAUGGCGAUCAUGAUGAUGGUGAACCUGGUAGCGGCAUUUCAUCUGAUUUUAAUGAUCUAGCUGUAGAUGAUAUGAUUCUGGAGCUUUCUGCGGAGCUACAUAAAGAUUCGGAUUCACCCUUUCCUCCUCCCGAGCCACCUCAGACAAAUCAGCCACACCAGCUGGGAGAUGCUCCGGACAUCCAUAGUGGCGAAUUCAGUAACUGUCCAUCUCCAACCAAUUAUGACAACGAAUCAGUUAUCAACAUCGUUUAUAAUUCUCAAAAUCGUGCUACAAGUGAAAGGAUUUCCCAGGCUUAUUCUCAGCCAGAAGAAAAUCGGGGAUCACCCUUUCAACCGUUUGAUCAGCUACAGAAUUAUCCAUUGCGGUCACCAAUAUUUUCCUCAGAACUGGGAGAGCUUAUGCUUGCCAAUACCUAUAUUGGACGCAACGAGUCGCAAUCUUUAAAUAUAGAGCCUGCGACUCUUUUCCCGCAAAGUUCUUGAAUAACAGAGGCAUCGUGCACUCUUUCCAAUGGCUCCAACCUAUGAGAGUCAUUGUGAUGGGUGUAUGAUGGGGAUAGUGGAGUAACCUGUGAUACUGACGCCGAGUUACUCCACGGACGUGCAAAAGAUUAUACUGCAUUAGCUAUUGGAGAAACACUCCAAUAUUGUUAAUGAACAACGAUACUCUUAUCUGUAGGAGAAUAUUAAGAGGGCCUUGUAAGAAUGCGUCUUCAACUCGCAUUAUUACACCGUGAUAUUCUCCUACAAAUAAUUCAAAAACACUCACAGUUAUCUACAUUUCUGCAACCAAGUUAAUUAGUCUUUGAGGCACAACAUUGGUUUUGAACAAUUAUGUCCAAAUCUUUGUUGUGUGUCACAGAAUCCCCAAGUUUUUUAUGCUUCGACCUUGUUAGGUGAACUUUUGUUGGUACAAAGGAACACCAGGAGAUGCAAAUGGUUGAAAUGCUAUUUGGAACUCUACCCUUCUCAGAACGCGACGAGUCCAGAUAAAGUAAUAAUGUCUUUUCUCACAAGCAUUAUUUGAAGACGAUACUUCCUCUAUCAACACAGAUACAUGUAUUCCUCAGACGAGUAGCUCUCUAUCCUGCAGUCAAACAACAAACGACCGCAAUGUACACCAACAUCCAUUCCUGUCUACCCACAUGGAGAUGCUCCAAGAAGAAUCCGAAUGCAGGGCAGUGUCACGAAACAAGGACAGUGAAGCUGCAGCUAGCGCAUUGUAUUGCUUUCUGCUCAAACCGUUUGAAGCAGGCAUGGAAUGUGCGGCAAAAUGAAGGGUUCUUUCAAUUUCCAGGAAGCAUCUCCAUUAUGCGAUAUCUAGUCGUCCAUGGUAACAGUGUUUCGAUUCCAACCAAGUUCUAUGAUUUUCGAUCAAAAGCGGAUUUGCUUUGUUCCGCGUUCACUAUACAGGAGCUGCUGCUACAUGGCUACUGGAGACUCAACUGAUACAUUAACAUAACCAGACACUAAUGUGAUGUCAUGGUUAUGAAAAGUGAGGCUUUGAGUUCCAUCCUUGAUGGAGUACUAGUUACAAUUAAUUUUUUUUUUUAAAUGUAUGAUUAAAAUUGAAGGUCUUAAACUUAUCAAUGACCUAUCUUAACUGUGAAACACCAAAACUUGUAUCUUUGUUAAUAUUGCUUUUAUUAUCAUGUCCUUGAGAAUGUUGUAUCAAAAGAAAAACAUUCUUGUGAAUGCGGUUUAUUUUGAACAUUUGAAUGUUGAAUGGAGUGUUUUGUAUU